GUCAGAUUGAUGUUUGGCACAGAUGUGGCACUUGCCAGCGAAUUUCAUUAUGACAUUUGAAGAAAAGCGGCGUCUCUGGGUUUGUUGUAAACAGAUCAAAUCCUUAAAAACGUAAUUCCUAUGACUAAUCUGAAAGUUAGAAAUCAUAAGAUUGUCCAUUGAAUCAACAAAAUGAGUGCUGGGCCGCUUGUUGUUGAAAUUAUCUGCACAUGUUGUUUAGCAGCGUUUCUCCUUCAUCGCUAUGGAGAUCUGAGGAAGCAGCAUGUCUUGGUUACAUUAGCCACAUUUGUUGCUUGGUACUUUUCCUUUAUGAUAAUCUUCGUCCUCCCAUUAGAUGUUUCUUCAACAUUUUACCGCCAAUGCCUGAGGGAUAACAAGUUUCCUCAGCUGCCCACAACCACAGCCAGAUCUCCGAAUAGUAGUGGUACAGAUAAUGUCACGGAGAUACCUAUUAGUCCAGAUGAUAACUCUACAGCUCUGGACACUCCAGCCGGAGCUCAGGCCCUCCACCUGUCCGUCAUUAACCCCUGUCAACAACCUGUCAGUCAUGUCCCGGAUAAUGUCCUCCCUGCUCUAUGGCAUGUCGUGUACUGGACAUCACAGUUUCUUACCUGGUUGCUGCUGCCAAUGAUGCAGUCCUAUUCGACAGCUGGUGACUUCAGUGUGGCAGGGAAAAUCAAAACAGCCAUCAUAGAGAAUAUAAUAUACUAUGCCACAUACCUUCUUAUCUUUGGUGUCUGCCUCAUCUAUGUGGCAGUGAGACCUGACCUUCACAUUGAUGCGGAAAAGCUAAAGGUGAUAGGUGUAACAGCCAGUAACACCUGGGGACUGUUCCUCCUCGUGUUGUUGUUAGGUUACGGCCUGGUGGAGGUUCCUAGAACUAUCUGGAACAGUGGCAAGACUGUCUACACUCUACAGCGUACACAGUUCAAGAUAGCUAAGCUGAGUACGGAGAAGACUGAGGCAGAGGAAAACCUUGAGGAUGUUUUAGAUGAAAUCAAGCAGGUGUCUGAGAAGAUCCGGUACAACCAUCCACUGAGGAAACACAUGGACACCAUACUGCUGAAGUGUCCAGAGUCACUGAGACAGAAUGUUCGCUCCAACAAUGAUGAUUACGAGGACUAUAACAAACCGCAAGAUGUGCCGAGUGAGAAAACUUUGGUCCGACUCCACAAACGUGUAAUCCAGGCUACACAGACAAAUCACCGUACACAGGCUCAAUGGAACAACCUUAUGUCAAAGGCUUAUGAGUUGGAGGACAUCUCGAAUAAUGAGGGCAAGACUGACCACGUCUUCCACAGUUCUCAUGGUCAGAAAACCAGCAGUCUAUUGUCCAGUCUGUACACCCCUACUGUAGAGUGGUACUGGAAGUGUCUACUGCGACCAUGGUUCCGCAGAAUCCUGGCUGUUCUCCUCACCAUCCUGUCUUUCAUGGUUGUCUGGUCAGAGUGUCUGUUCUUUAUCAAGGAACCUGUCCUCUCCUUGUUUGCUGUUUUCAUCGAUCUUGCCAAACAAAAUUAUGAUUAUGUAUAUAUAGAGUUAGCAUCCAUCAUUACGAUAGCCUACUUGUGUUUCUGUGCGUACUACAGUGUGUUCCAGAUCCGCAUCCUGAACUUUUACUACAUAGCUCCCCACCAUCAGACUGAUGAGUACAGCCUGGUGUUUACUGGAAUGAUGCUGUGUCGUCUAACACCUCCCUUAUGUCUCAACUUCCUGGGGCUCAUUCAUCUGGACAGUCACAUCACUUAUAGGGGCAACCUUGAGGAGACUUCCUAUACAGAGAUCAUGGGUCAUAUGGAUGUGAUAUCGUUUGUGUCAGAUGGAUUCAACAUAUACUUUCCCAUCGCCAUUGUUCUUCUUUGUAUCUGUACAUACUUCAGUCUGGGAUCACGCAUCCUUCAGUUCCUGGGAUUCUCACAGUUUAUCGGGGAUGAUGACAUGACACAGGAGUUUGUAGAUGAGGGGCGAGAGAUCAUUCGCCGAGAGCGACGACGUAUAGAGAGGAAAGCCGAGGGGGAAGCUAGGCGGCGCCAAUGGACAGAAAAGUUUGGGGAUGGGUCUAAUGACCGAGUUCCACCACGUGGUAAUGGGGUGGAGCAAGAUGGAUACUCACGAAGAGUACCAGUAACUGUUCCUGAGAAGGAGGAAGAUUUAGAUGUGGAAAUGUUGCAUCUAGAUUUGGACUUGGAAGCUAAGCACACUGUCCCUAGGAGCCCAGAUGAGAAUGAUCGGACAGAACUUCUACGCCAGGCUGAGCCGAUUGAUUAUACAGGGGAGACAACUGAUGUACUUGAUGACUGGAGAGGUCAUGACCCAACACAGCAGUCCUACCAAUCACAACCUGUCGGACAUUCCAGUCGGUUUGGCACACAGAGGUCUUUCUCACGACCCCCAAAGGGAAUAUUUGAUGAUGUAUAAAAAGCAUGGAGGAGUACAUUAUUUUAUGGUGACUAUAUUCAAUUUGUCACUUGGAUUCAUUUACUCCAUAGACAGACCCAUAGAGAAGCAAUACUGAGGAUAUUUGUUAAGUCUUGUUUUCAUGAACAGUUACAACACUGGUCUUAAGUAACAUGCUUUUUGACCAGGAGUUAUUACCAUCUUUGUACAGAACUUAAAUAUGAAGUUGUCAUCAUUUGUAUACAAACCACACAGAAUGUUUGUGUGGUCAUUUUAACCUGAAAUGGACUUCUGGUCACUCUGACCUCUAAAGUAUUUAAGUCACCUUAAACUUAGACAACAGGUGUUUGGAGCUCUUAGACCACCUCGGACCAGGUGACAUGGAGCUCUUCCACCUCCGACCAGGUGACAGAUGAGGUGAGGAUUUUUGGUUGUGAUUGACUGAGAAUGGAAGUAUCAGACCUGUGGAUAGAAAAAAUGAGGGUUUUAUGAGUAGACUGAUACUUCAUGUGUGCUCAAACUUAGUAACACUUAGUAACACUUAGUAACAAUAGUUAUGUCACAGGACAUAUAAAGGAGUAACAAUAGUUAUGUCACAGGACAUAUAAGGGUAAUGUAUUUAAAGCACAGGUAUAUUGUACAUGUAAUGUACAGAAAGUACAAGUAACAUAAGGUAAUAUUAACAGUACAGGUAGUGAAAACGAUAUAUUCCGCUCUCACUUUAAAUUAUAUACAUUAAUCAAAUGUCUGAUAUGCUACAAUUUUAAUUAUAUCCUUGUAUACACAUGUAUACCUGUUUACAUUUGUUAUGUUUCAUUUUUAUAUAUGGACCACACACGUGACAGUGUAUAUUGUAUACAUAUUAAUAUACUAUGUAUAUGUUCUAGUGAUACUCUAAGUUAUCAUCAUGUGUACAUUCCAAGUGUCGAUGUCUAUUACAACAUUUUUUGUAUGUGGAAAUAGCUUAAAACUUUACUUUUUGUUGGUUUUUGCAAUCUUAGUAUUUCAUAGUUGCUAUAUUGACAUAUUAUUAUCAAAAAUAUCAAUCCAAUGUGUUUAAUUUUUACUUGUAAGAUUAAGAACUGGUUUACCUGAAAUCUCUUGAAUCACAAAAGAAUUAUACAUCCACAAAGAACUCCCAUUAAAGUGGACAAGAUUUUCUCUAUUAUUUCAAAGCUAGGAAAAUAAAUUAAAAGGUUCUGAUUUAAAAAAAAAAUGCUAUUCAAGAUUAGGAGAUUUGAAAUAUAGCAUACUUCUUAACAGAAAAUAUGUCUUUUUCUUUGAUAGAAAAAGUUAUUCAGCCAGUGGGGUUAAACAAAUUUGAAUAGCCAGUGCAUUUUACUGAUAGCAUGUUAUAUAACUGUGCAGUAUGGUGUACAUAUCUAGUAAUUAAGAAUAUUUAUACUAUUUAAUACUGAGUCUUUGCUUGUGGCAUGCAUUAACAUAACAGUCUAAAUAAUGUAUGUAUAACAUGAGCUUUAAUGGUGUAGCUACGGCCAUGACGUAUUGCAACUGUUGUUGCUUUUUCUCUGCUGUCUAAGCAUUUUCUUAUAAAUAUUUCUCUCUAUAACCAACAGAUUGAUAGAAAGUGUCCUUGUGUGAUAGUGAUUGAGAUGUUGGAAGGGAUGGACAUAUGGUGAUAGUGAUUGAGAUGUUGGAAGGGAUGGACAUAUGGUGAUAGUGAUGGGGAUGUUGGAAGGGAUGGACAUAUGGUGAUAGUGAUUGGGAUGUUGGAAGGGAUGGACAUAUGGUGAUAGUGAUUGAAAUGUUGGAAGGGAUGGACAUAUGGUGAUAGUGAUUGAAAUGUUGGAAGGGAUGGACAUAUGGUGAUAGUGAUUGAAAUGUUGGAAGGGAUGGACAUAUGGUGAUAGUGAUUGAGAUGUUGGAAGGGAUGGACAUAUAGUGAUAGUGAUUGGGAUGUUGGAAGGGAUGAACAUAUGGUGAUAGUGAUUGAAAUGUUGGAAGGGAUGGACAUAUGAUGAUAGUGAUUGAGAUGUUGGAAGGGAUGGACAUAUAAGAUAAUACAAGGGUAAAAUUUUGGGUAUCCAAACAAUGCAAUACAUACUUCGUCUGGUAAAGGUUGUAACAUAAGCAUAAGUAAUUGUAGAAAUGUUGGAAUUUUACAUUUAUAGGAAUAUAUGAAUUUUCAUUCUGAAAAAUAGAUAUAAGAUCAUUAGGAAGCCAAUAAGAUAUGUUGGUAAGCAUGUUUCUAGAUUUAUAAAAGAUUUAAAGCAAGAAUGUUCAUGUAACAUUGAAAAUGAAAACAUGUUGGUUAACUUCACUUUGAAAUUCAAAAUCAUGUUUAAGAAAUUCAAUUGUCAUAAGCACUUGUGUUACAACCUCUAUGACAUUUUAUAUUGAGCCCACUCUCACCCAGCAUUGUUGUGUAACUGUUGUGUUGUGGUUCUUACUGUUGUGACUGUUUUAACUAUAUGGUGUAAUGGUUAUUACCUCAGUGUUUCCUAUAGCCGAUACAUUGUCAUGGACUAGGGGACCAAGUGAUAGGUUGUCCCAGCAGAGCUGCCUGUUGAUGCCUUCAAUGAUACACACCACUUUAUCAAUGUUGUCCAUUGUUAAAAAGCUUUUCAUGAAUCUUUUACUCAUUUUACGGAGACAUCAGACUGUACUCGCCAAUGCAGUUUGAUGUCUCUGUGAUCACGGUUGUUUUGUUGUUGAUCAUAUAAUUAUGACCAUUUUAUUCCACAGUUUUAUACUUUUUAAUGUUAAACUAUUGUGCAUAUAUCUUUACCAUAUUAUUCAGUAGAAUCAGUGUGAAAUAAUCAAACAUGCACUAAACUAUAUAACUAUGUGAACUGAAAAUAAUGAAAUGUAGAUUGGCUUUACUAGUUAAUGAUAAAGCAGUGGUAAAAUCUGACUUAGGUAUGAACAAGAUCUAAUAAGUAUAUCAUUGGCAGAAAAGCGAGUACAGAAUAAUAAGUAAAUGCUAUUUGGGUGUAUGUUAUAUAGACCAUAGCCUUCUCAGCUUCUGUGUAGUGAUCAUAGCUACUUCUCUUUGGUAAAAUUCUAUCUGGAAUUUAAAUUGUAAUCUAUAAGCUAGCUUCAUCUUGACUUCUGCAAUCUGUGAGCCUCAUCUUGAAUUCUGAUCUUUUUAAGACUGUGAUAUUUAUAUAACUUAUGCACUGUUAUACAUUAUAUGUAUACUUUGACACUUCUAUUGUUUAUAUGUUGUUUAUCAUUUGACUUGUUGUUAUAUUUGUGAAAUCCAUACUAUUGUUAGUCUUCUUUAAUGUGCUGAUUACAUUAUGUUUAAAGAAUCCUCCCUCUGUGUAGAUGGGUUUUUUUUUUCUCCCUCACUAUCUUACACUUUUAAAGUAGAUAGACCACAUAUUCAGCUAUCAGGUACUUAUCUACUGAAAUAAAGGUACCACAAGUAC